AUGGGUCUGCGUUCGUGCAUUUUUGCAGCUUUGCUGUGGAUUUUAGCAUUAAAAUUCAAUGGCGUUCACAAUCUGUCCACAGAAGAGGACCAGUCACAAGAUAUGGAAUGCAAAAUGAAAAGCGUCACGGUAUCCGCUUUACCGUUUUUGAGAGAAAACGACCUGAGCAUCAUGCAUAGCCCCUCGGCCUCUGAGCCGAAGCUACUGUUUUCGGUCAGAAAUGAUUUUCCUGGAGACAUAGUGGUUGUCGACGACCUCGAAAAUACCGAACUCCCUUUCUUCGUUUUAGAGAUUUCUGGAAACUCUGAAGACAUUCCUCUGGUGCGAUGGCGGCAGCAGUGGCUUGAAAAUGGCACUCUACUCUUCCACAUCCACCACCAGGAUGGCAGUCAGAACCUUCCCGGGCUGGCUGCCACCGACGACCCGGCCAGCGAAGCAGCCGAGGAGGAGCUGCGCUUCCUGCACAUCUCUGUCAUGGGUGGCAUGAUCGCCCUGCUGCUCUCCAUCCUGUGCCUGGUCCUGAUCCUCUACACGCGGCGCCGCUGGUGCAAGCGGCGCCGCGUCCCCCAGCCCCAGAAGAGCGCCAGCGCCGAGGCGGCCAACGAGAUCCACUACAUCCCCUCGGUGCUGAUGGGCGGGCAGGCGCGCGAGAGCCUGCGCAACUCGCGCGGCCAGGGCCACAACUCCAGCGGCACGCUCAGCAUCCGCGAGACGCCCAUCCUGGACGGCUACGAGUACGACAUCACCGACCUGCGCCACCACCUGCAGCGCGAGUGCAUGAACGGCGGAGAGGACUUCACCAGCCAGGUGACGCGCACCCUCGACUCGCUCCAGGGCUGCAACGACAAGUCCAAUAUGGACCUCACACCGGGGAGUGACAAUACAAAACUGUCCUUAAUGAGCAAGUACAAGGAUAACAUCAUAGCCACCAGUCCUGUUGACAGCAAUCACCACCAGCAAAACACGCUCCUCCCACACAACACCUCCACCAACCAGCGUAAGCGUCUGUCCAGCAAAACACGCGCGGGUUCAGCCUUCCUGAACCCAGACGGUGACUCUGGGACAGAGGCCGACAGCGAGCCCCAGCUGACCUUCUACACCGACCCCAACCGCAGCCGCCGUCGCAGUCGAGGUAUGCGAAACGGUAACGCCAACACGGCCUGGGGCCCCGGGGCCGCAGGCUCCCCACGCAGCCCUGUCAACAAGACCACCUUGACUUUGAUCAGCGUGGUCAGUUGUGUGAUCGGCCUGGUCUACUCGUCUCACCUCGCCUGCAGCCUCACUGUCAAAGUCAUCCUGCAUGUUCCAGAGCAUCUCAUCGCUGAUGGGUCGCGCUUCAUCCUGCAGCAGGGCAGUCAGCUGGACGCGUCUGAUUGGCUGAACCCGGCCCAGGUGCUGAUUUACUACCAGAAUGAGAGCGGGCCCUGGAUCAACGAGCUGUGCGGACGUCGCCUGCUGGACCCCUGCGAACACCAGUGUGAGCCAGAGACUGGUGAUUGCCUCUGUUUCGACGGCUACAUGAGGGACCCAGUUCACAAGCAUCUCUGUAUUCGGAACGAGUGGGGGCCAAACCAAGGUCCCUGGCCAUACACCAUUUUCCAGCGUGGGUUUGAUCUGGUGAUGGGAGAGCAGCCAUCCGAUCGCAUCUUCAGGUUCACCUACACACUGGGCGAAGGCAUGUGGCUGCCGCUGAGCAAAAGUUUUGUCAUCCCGCCAGCAGAACUAGCCAUCAACCCCUCUGCCAAGUGCAAGACAGAUAUGACUGUCAUGGAGGAUGCUGUGGAUGUAAGAGAGGAGCUCAUGAUUUCAUCGUCCUUCGACAGUCUGGAGGUCCUGCUGGACUCGUUUGGCCCUGUACGAGAUUGCUCAAAGGACAACGGCGGGUGCAGCCGGAAUUUUCGUUGCAUCUCUGAUCGCAAGCUUGACUCGACUGGCUGUGUGUGCCCGCCUGGCCUGAGCCCCAUGAAGGAUGGCACGGGCUGCUACGACCACCACAUCGGCAUCGACUGCUCGGACGGCUUCAACGGAGGGUGCGAGCAGCUCUGCCUGCAGCAGCUGGCCCCACUGGAGGAGGACCCCACCCUCUACAACAUCCAGAUGUUCUGCGGCUGCAUCGAGGACUACAAGCGGGGACCAGACGGGCGCUCCUGCCAGCCUCUGUCCGAGGCCUGCACCGAAGGAGUGGACUGUGCUGAGGCAGCAGACGUUCCAGCCAACCAGACAGUGUUUGGGGAUCUCUUUUAUGGCUACAACAACCAUACCAAGGAGGUCACCUCUGGGCAGGUCCUGAGGGCCACUUUCAGACAGAAGAACUUUGCUCGAGGCAUUGAGCAGCAGCUCCCAGAUGGCAUGGUGGUGGCAUCCAUCCCAACAGAGGUCCAGUGCCAUGAAGAGCUAUCAGACCCUGUGCCCGACCCAGAAUACUUGACCGGAAUGGUGAAUUACAGCGAGGUGUCCGGAUACCCUCUUGUUCAGCACUGGAGACUGAGAUCCAUCCUGUACCAUGUCAAGCUGAACCAGUGGGUGCUCUCCCAAGCUUUUAGCUCGGCCAUUCACUCGCUGGACGGAGCCACUCUACGCAGUGACUUUGUCUCCAUCCUGAAGGAGUUUGGAAACCACUUCAUCCAGGAGGCCGUCUAUGGCUUUGAGGAGUCCUGCACCAUCUGGUACCCCAACAAACAGGUCCAGCGGCAGCUUUGGCUGGAGUACCAGGACAUCAGCAAAGGGAACUCUCCCUCGGACGAGUCGGAGGAGCGUGACAAGGAGCCGCGCACGCUCACCUACCCGGCCUACAUCGCCAGCCUGCUGGACUCGGGUGCCAAGCGCAUGGCGGCGGGGGUGCGCAUGGACUGCAGCAGCCAGGGCCAGUGCCCGCUGUCCUGCCACCUCUGCCACAUGAGCCCUGGGCCCGCACGUCCCGCCGAGCCCGUCCUGCUCCACAUCACCAAGGCCACGCCCAUCUACGAGCUCGUCUCAAACAACGAGACGUACCAGGCCCUUCAGGAGGCUAUGAUGAGCAUGCUCUGGUGCUCCAGCAAGGGGGACGUCAUUGACGACUGGUGCCGCUGUGACUCCAGUGCUUUUGGGACCGACGGUCUACCCAUCUGUGCCCCGCUACCUCAGCCCAUGUUGAAACUGUCCCACACCUAUGAGCCCAGCAGCUCAUUGGUCAUUGUGGAGUGGAAGCACACAGAGCCGCCCAUCGGGGUGCGCAUCGUUGAUUAUCUCAUCAGCCAGGAGAAGGUGACAGAGAGGACAGACCACUCCAAAGUUGAAACAGAGACAAUGUUGAGUUUCGUGGACGACAUCCUGUCUGGGGCCAAGUCUCCGUGUGUGAUGCUGGGAGAUAUUCCUGACCCCAUGACCUCCUUCUCCAUGAUCAUCCGCUGCCUGGAGCCAGACGCCACCUACAUGUUCCGACUGUGGGCUGUGGAUAACACUGGCAGGCGCUCAGAUCCCAGUGAGGUCACCAUCAAGACUCCCUGUCCUGCAGUGGAUGACGUCAAGGCACAGGAAAUCGCAGACAAAAUUUAUAACCUCUUUAAUGGCUACACCAGCGGAAAGGAACAGCAGACUGCCUAUAACACUCUCAUGGACUUGGGCUCCCCUACCUUACAUAGAGUGCUGUACCACUACAACCAGCGCUACGAGAGCUUUGGAGAGUUCACCUGGCGAUGUGAAGACGAGCUGGGACCAAGGAAGGCUGGCCUGAUCCUCUCCCAGCUUGACGAGCUGAGUGGCUGGUGCCGCGCUCUUCUCCAGGAGCCCAAGAUCGGCCUGCGCAGGGCCUCCCUCAAGCACCUGUCCUGCCGAUACACGGACACCAAGGCCUUCGGCCUCAACUGGAUGGACCUGGGCCAAGACUUGCAAAAAGCCUGUGAUGAACAGGUCCUUCCUGUUCUCUACAAUGACUACGGUGAACCAAGGGAGUUAUGAACGUGAACACAAACAGAGUAAAUGGGUCCUGGAAAGGCUUUUGCUUUAAACGUUUUUACUUUUUUGACACACUCUCUUUGCUACUUGUAGUAUAUCGGGCUCUGUGAGAUGAAAUGACAUGCUUUUAUUUUUUGUUUUCUCAUGUUUUGCUGUUUGUUCUGCAGUAAACUCCGAUGUGACAAGUGUUGGAAGUAGUUAAAAAUUAAAUUGAAGACAGUCAUAGCCAGAUGGUUGCUGGCAAUCUUUAGAAGCAGUUGAUCAAACCUUCAAGUUUUUGUGGCAGAUAUAUAUUUUUUAAUUUCUUUUCAUUGUACCGUUUUUUUAUUUUUUUAUUUUCAAUGCUACUCAUUUCUGACCCUGCUUGUUAUUGUAGUUGUGGAUAUUAUCCAUCUGAAGUAGAUCUGGGGAUGGGUUUUCAUGGGUAGACUUGGUUACUUUGAACAAAGAGCAACAGAAAUUCUUAGUUGGUGUCCAAAUUAUGUGUCUCAAUGUAGUGCAUAUACAGUAGAUAUGGAAGACUUUUUAAAGGAUUUACUGAAAAGAGUCUGCCAUAGAACUUGUGAAAAACAAACUCAUUCUUUUCAUGCUGAAUGUAGUAGUCAAAAUGAACAAAAAAAUCUAAACAAUGCAGUAUUUAAACUUAUGUACAGGUAAUUUUGUAUGAAGGGAGACAAUUCUGACAUGUUGUGUAUAGUAAAGUGUCUUGUUAUAAAUGUUUUGCUCUUUUUCUUUGUGAUAUAUUCAACAAAGUAAUGAAUACAUCUGCCAAAUCUAUGUGAAUAUCACAGUAUACCAAUGCCUUGCUUCAUUGGUCCAGUGAAGAAAACGAAUACCAACACUCUUACAUACGUAUGCAUUUAAUAUAUACCUUUGCCGCACAUCCGUCAUGUUAUUGAAGGUGAACCAGUGAUAAGCGAACUGACAUAAUGUCAGUCCAGCCAUUCUGAUACAUUGCCUCGCUACUCAUUUUCAAUGUAGUUUAAACAACAGGAAUUUACUGAAUUUAAUACAGCCACAGGUAAGGCAAUCAUUAGGGAUCUGUUUGAAUUUGGUUACACUUCACUUGACGCCGGUGUCAUAAUAGUGUUAUAAUAGUGUCAUAACAGUGUAAUGACACAUGAACGUUUUAUGGCCAUGAAAAGGUGACAUUAGGUCUGUCUUCACCAUAACUGAAUGUCACUUCAUGGCAAAGUUAUAAAAUGUUUGACAUAGACAUAAUGUUUAUGACACGUGCAUUACACGGUUAUGUCAUACGUAUGACGCCGGUGUCAAGUUGAGUGUUACCUUGUAUUUUUCUCUUGCUAUUUUCAAUGGUGAUGGCACAGUGGAAAAGACCACAAUGGUUCUGUGGUGCUGAAUUCUAACUUAGAAUAUGCUUGCUAUUUUGAGUUCUACUGACAUCUUAUGAGCUAUUAUAUUGUGCAUUUUUUUCCUUCAAUCUUUGAUAUUAAAAUGCU